AUCCCACCGGAAGUGACGUCAAGGACACUCGGUUGCCUUCGGUGCCUGCGUCAAGGCGGCGUCGGCUGCGGGCACCUUCCUCGACCGGGCGGAUGGACGGGUCCCCUGCGGCCUUGGGUAGCGGCGGUGGCAUAGGCGGUGCAGAGGAUUUGGAGUCUAAGACCACAGAGGAAACUCCCAGAAAGAACAUUCCAGGAAAAAAAACCUCCCAAGACUUGGAGCCUCGGACUAAAAACAAAGAGGCAACUCCAAAGGAGAUCAGAAUAGGUGAAGAAUCAUCCCCAUUGGUGAAAGUUGAAAGACUCAAAGGGGCUGACUUUUGUUCUUCUCCACUUGGGGAAUAUGGGGAAAGUGAGAACCUGGUAAAGCAGCAGCCAGUAAAGCAGGAGAGUGAGGUAAGAAAAAUGAUUAAACAUCAGAAGAUGCCAACUGGAAAGAAAUGUUAUAAAUAUAAAGAAUGUGGGAAAUCCUUCAGUCAUGGCUCAGACUUGGUUAAGCACCAGAGGAUUCACCCAGGAAACAAGCUUUAUAAAUGUAAUGAAUGUGGGAAAACCUUCUCUCGAUUUGCAAAGCUCACUCAGCAUCAGAAGAUCCAUGCUAAAGUGAAGGUUUAUAAAUGUAAUGAAUGUGGGAAAACAUUUACACAAAACUCAGUUCUCCUUCUUCAUCAAAGGAUGCAUACUGGAGAGAAGCCAUAUAAAUGUGACAAAUGUGGGAAAGCCUUCAUUUACAACUCAAGCCUUGUCAAGCAUCAGAAGAUUCAUACUGGAGAGAAGCCUUAUAAAUGUAAAGAAUGUGGGAAAGCCUUCAGUCAGAGCUCAGAUUUUGUUAGGCACCAGGGGAUCCACAGUGGAGAGAAAGAGAAGCUUUAUAAAUGUAAUGAAUGUGAGAAAGUCUUCCCUAGUUUUCCAAAGCUCACUCAUCACCAAAAGGUCCAUACUAAAGUGAAGGUUUAUAAAUGUAAUGAAUGUGGGAAAACAUAUACUCAAAACUCAUUCCUUCUUCAUCAUCAAAAGAUACAUACCGGAGAGAAGCCAUAUAAAUGUGAUGAAUGUGGAAAAGCCUUCAUUUACAAUUCAAGUCUUGUCAAGCAUCAGAAGAUUCACACUGGAGAGAAGCCUUUUAAAUGUAAUGAAUGUGGGAAAGCCUUCACUCAGAGCUCAGAUGUUGUUAGGCACCAGAGAAUCCAUACUGGAGAAAAGCCUUAUAAAUGUGACGAGUGUGGGAGAGCCUUCAGUCAAAGCUCAGAUGUUGUUAAGCACCAGAGGAUCCACAGUGGAGAGAAGCCUUAUCAAUGUAAGGAAUGUGGGAAAGCCUUUAUUCGAAGUUCAAGUCUUACUGCACAUCAGAUGAUUCACACUGGAGACAAGCCUUAUAAAUGUAAUGAGUGUGGGAAAGGCUUCCCUCAGUUCUCAAAGCUUACUCAACAUCAGAAGAUCCAUACUAGAGUGAAAGUUUAUAAAUGCAAGGAAUGUGGAAAAAUCUUUCCUCAAAACACAAGUCUGGUUUUACAUCAACAGAUUCAUAAAAGAGAGAAGCCUUAUAAAUGUGAUGAAUGUGGGAAAGCCUUCACUCAAAGAUCCCACCUUACUCAACAUUUGAAUACACAUACUGGAGAGAAGCCUCAUAAAUGUAAAGAAUGUGGGAAGGGCUUCAGUCAUGGCUCAAACCUUAUUAAGCACCGAAGGAUUCAUACAGGAGGGAAACCAUAUAAAUGUAAUGAAUGUGGGAAAGCCUUCAGUCAGAGCUCAGCCCUUGUCAAACACCAGAGGAUCCAUACUGGAGAGAAGCCUUAUAAAUGCAAUGACUGUGGGAAAGCUUUCAGGCAGAGCUCAAAUCUUAUUUCACAUCAAAUGAUUCAUACUGGAGAAAAGCCUCAUAAAUGUAAUGAAUGUGGGAAAAGCUUCAGUCAUAUCUCAGACCUUGUUAGGCACCAGAGGAUCCAUACUGGAGAGAAGCCUUAUAAAUGUAAGGAAUGUGGAAAAGCCUUCAGUCAGAGCUCAGUCCUUGUUAAGCACCAGAGGAUUCACAGUGGGGACAAGCCUUAUAAAUGUAAUGAAUGUGGGAGAGCCUUUAUUCUGAGCUCAAGUCUUAUUGCCCAUCAAAUGAUUCAUACUGGAGAGAAGCCUUAUAAAUGUAAUGAAUGUGGGAAAGGCUUCAUUGAGAGUUCAGCUCUUAUUGUACAUCAGAGGAUUCAUACUGGAGAGAAGCCUUAUACUUGUAAUGAGUGUGGGAAAGCCUUCACUCGGAACUUAAAUUUAAUUGUACAUCAGAUGGUUCAUACUGGAGAGAAACCAUAUUCAUGUAAUGAAUGUGGGAAAUCCUUCAGUCAUGGCUCAGGCCUAGUUAAGCACCAGAGGAUUCAUACUGGAGAGAAUCCUUAUAAAUGUAACGUAUGUGGGAAAGCUUUUAAACAGAGCUCAAACCUUAUUCGACAUCAAAAGAUUCAUACUGGAGAGAAGCCUUAUAAAUGUAAGGAAUGUGGGAAAGCCUUCACUCAGAGGUUCCACUUAAAAAAACAUCUGAAUACACAUACUGGAGAGAAGCCUUAUAAAUGUAAGGAAUGUGGGAAAGGCUUCAAUCAUGACUCAAACCUUAUUAAGCAUAGAAAGGUCCAUUCUGGAGGAAAACCAUAUAAAUGUAAUGAAUGUGGGAAAGCAUUCAAAAGGUUCUCAGGUGUUUUCCAGCACCAGCGUAUUCAUACUAGAGAAAAGUCUUAUAAAUGUAAGGAAUGUGGGAAAGCAUUUACUCAGAAGUCAGUCCUUCUUAGACAUCAGAAGACUCACACUGGAGAAACAUAUUAACAACAUAAUUAAAUUCUUUAUUCAGAUCAGUUCUUAAUAUCUAUUCAAGGAUGCAUACUGGAGCAAAGUCUUUUGAGGGGAAUCAAUGUAUAAAACCUUGAGUUAGUAUUUUCCAGCUUAAUAAACACCAGAUGAUUCAUACUUCACAGAACUCUUAGAAAAUGAAAGUGGUCAAGCCUUCAUUCAUAGUUCCAGAUCUUGUCAAAAACUAAAUUAUUGGGGUAGCUAGGCAGUACAGUGGAUAGAGCACCAGACCUGAAGUCAGGAGAACCCAGGUUCAGAUUUUCUUAGCUGUAUAACCCUGAGCAAGUCACUUUACCCCUAUUGUCUAGCCCUUGCCAUUCUUCUGAUUUAGGAUUAAUACUAAGACAGAAGGUAAGUGUUUUUUUUUUUUAAAGGCUAGAGGAUUCAUACUGCUUCAAAGCCUUAUAAUCAUAGUAAAUAUGGGACAUUUUCUGUGUCAUUCCCCAUCCUUACACUUUGGUUACCAUCAGAUAGUUCAUACUGAAAAGAAGCUAAAUGUUGAGGGCUAACAUUUCUCUAUUGCCUUUAAGGUUUACAAAGCACUUUCCAUAGCUAGCUUAUCUUAUUGGAUCUUCACAAUAACCUUGUAAGUUAGGGAGUAGCUGUUAGUAUUGCAAGUUUCCAGAUGAGAAACCCGAGUGAUGCCUAGGGUCACAGUGUCUGAGGCUGGAUUUGAGCCCAAUUGUUCCUGAGAUCAGAUUUUUCUAUUGGGCUACAUUCCAUAUAUACUGAGUAAGGCAAGUCUGGUAUAGUAGGCCAAUCCAAUCUUUAAAAUUAUAUCAUCAUGAACAAGUGAAAACUAGAUUGAGCUGACUUUGACAGUCUCUCUUCACAGAGAACCUGUACAGUAAUGAGUACCAGAUGUAGAAGAGCGCUGAUCCAGGGUGGAUUGAAGGGUCCAGAAGUCCUAAGGGCUCAGUUUUCAGGCCAAUGGGAAGGUCCAGUUGUCCUAAUAUGCACCUGGGUAUUGACCCCCAAUACUGCCUACCACCCUCAGUAAUCAGGGAGUUUGGAUCAGAGUCAGAAUGCAGGUAGGGAACUGAGUUCUCUCUGACCAGAAGGGGAUGAGGUUUCAGACCUUGCCAGUAGAAAGAGGUUGGAAGGAGCCUUUGGCAAAAAGAUAGGGAAAGGAUUGGUUUCAGGAAAGAGGAAAGUGGGUCCUGCUCAUCAGUGAUAUUAAGGGCUUCUUGGUCCAAUGAAAUAGUCUCCUGGGCUACCUGUAUGUAGAAAGAAAACCAGGACUCCUUCUGGAGCAAAUUCACAGAAAUGUAACAAAUAUCUCAAAUCUUUCCUACAUAAAAACUUUAACAUAAAAUUGUUGGGAAAGGGUAAUUAAGCACUUAUGAAGAGUCUGUUAUGUGUCAAGUAGUGGGCUAAGUACUGGUCAAAGAUACUCUCAUUGGAUCCUCAUAACAAUCCUACAAAGUAGGUAAUAAUAAGGUUUGAGGAAACUGAGGCAAAUAGAGACUUACCCAGCAUCACAUAGCUAGAAAUGUGUGAGGCCAGAUUUGAACUCAGUUCAUCACUCCCUGCCAGUGCUGUAUCCAUUGGGCUACCAACUUCUCAAUCAGAGGAAUCUCAGUGGAGAUUAAAAACUACCUGUCAUUUAGUCUAGAUAUGUAUUUCCAUAUUAUUUUUCCUGUAAGUAACAAUAUUGUUUUAUCUUUCUUGAACCAUUAUAUAAUUAAUUUUCUUUUAAUGAGAUAAUUGAAACAUUUUGUUUUAGGGUAAUUACUCAAUUUGCCUGUAGACAUUUUCUUAUUAUUUUAUCAAAAGAAUGUGAAAUCACAUUUAACCUUCCAUUUCUAUGGAAUCCAAAUCCUUACAUUGAUCUGAUUGUUUUCCCAGGGACCACCAUUAGUAAAUGGGGAGGUAGGGUUGUGAGUUCAAGGGUCAUAGUGGAAAAGGGUGGCAGGCAGGCAUGGGGCCUAGAAAUACUAAAUCACUGCCUAUAUAGACCCCUCUGAAUCCUAUCCCCUGUCUUCUAUGGGGUCUCACCCAUCUCCCUCAUUUCCUGAGACCAAGCUACCUGCCAACAACACAAUUCCUCCCUUGGUAUUUAGAGCUUCCUGAGCCUAAUGUCUAUAAGGCAGUAUCCAUGGCUGCCAUCUGCAAAGGCCUUAAACAUUUUUAGCUUAUAUGAAUCAGUUACAUUCUUGAUUACCUUUGUCCAUGUCCCAACCCAUUGGGGCCUGUGCCAUUGAGGCCUAUGGUAUAGUCAGCUCCCACUGUCCCUGGUGCUCAUUCUACUGCCCACUGUGGCCACUGGGUCCCCUGCCUGUGUCCACUGCCAUUGUGCUCUGAGUUCUGAGCAUUGUUGCUGGUGUCAUUGACCCUCUCAUCCCCUCCUAAUGCUUUCCUGACCACUUGUGCUGAGACAGGACUACUGCAGAGAGCACUGUCUGAAUGCUGAGGCCCAGCAAUGCCCUCCUGGGCCAGAAUGGUUCUGCCUACUGCACUGACAAGGGCUCAGAUACCCAAUGCUAGUGCCCCAGAGCAAGACGGUUACUGCCCUGGUAGCUCUCUGACUGUGAUUGCUGAUCAGUAGUCCCAAAUUCUGUGUUUCUAGAGGGGCCUGGGGUCAAGGCCUCAGUAUCCCUCCAGCCAGGUAACCUCCCUGCUCCACUUCCCACUAUCUGCUCCUCAGUGGACCUCAUCCUCUGUCAUUACACUGGGGGCUCCUUGAGGAGGAACUGCCUUUUUUUUCCCCCUUUCUUUGCAAACCUAGUGCUUAACACACUGCCUGGCUGGGUACAGCUAUUCAGUAAAUGUUUAUUCAUUUGGCUUAUCCCUUAAUGGAUCUCUAGUGCUAAACAGUCCCAAACAGGCCAUUAAUCAAGGUCCUAAAAUAGAGCCUCAAAAUAUCAAUGUCUGGACAGUGAGAGAUGAGACAGGGUUUACCUGGGGGGCCUUGAGAUCACUAUCAAUCCCCCAAACAAAACAUGAUGCCAGUUUAAUACAGAAGGCUUGACAUAUGUGUUUGGGAUUGCUGAAAGAAUCAUUUAUAAAAUAUCUGACUUGCCAGAACUCAUUUGCUUAUCCAUUGCAUGGAUAUAUUCACUGAGAAUACCACUCAGUUGUGGCAGUUGCCUUCUUCAUCCCCAUAGAGAGGUGACUCAUUGUAGAUGAAUAAUGUACACCAAGUAGGCCAAAUAUAUCCGAAAUAAGUCAAAGAAAAGGGAUUUUGUUGGACCAGCUUGUUUAUAUUAGUUCUUUUUGUGGCAGGGAAAACAAGAAACUAAGAAUGACUUCCCAUUGGAGAAUGGCUAAAACCAAUUGCCAUAUGUGAAUGUAACCAAUAUUAUUGUUCCAUAAGAAAUGGCAAAAUGGAAUCUUUUAAAGAAAACCUGGACUAUUUCUGUGACUGAUGCAGAAAAAGGUCAAUGAAGCUAGGAGAUCCAUUUAUAUAAUGAUAGCAUCCUUCAGAGAAGCGACUUUGACAGACUUUCAAACUGAACAGUGCAGUGAGAAACCACCAAUGCAGAAGAAUGAAGAAGAAAUACACUAUUCAGGUCUUAGCAGAGAGGUGAUGAAUGUAUGGUUCAGAAAGAGACCCAUGUUUUUGGAUGUGUCCAGUGUGGGGAUUGAUUUUGCCUAUGUAUUUAGCUAUCUAAUUAAGACUUUGUUUUCUGUAUAAAAAACAAAGGAUGUUUAUGCUCUGAUAUGCAACAUUUAUUUCAAUAUAAUUUAUUGUCUUACAGUGAUAUUGCUCUGAAUUCAAAUUCAGACAAUGAACCACACCGCCAAAGAAGGCAUUCUUUAUCUUGUUACUUUAAAAAAAAAUGUAUUUCAAUUCACUGUCUUGGUCUUGAUGGGGUAGCACUGCGAAUGAUGUAUACCGAAAAGAUUUCUUGAAAAAAAGUUAAUAUGAAUGCCUUUAAAGUGGACAACACUUGUAUUUUGAAAUUAUUGUAUUUGCAAAACAUGUAUAAUAAAAUUUAAAGGUGUGAUAAAA